AUGGUAAGUGUAUUUGCUGAUUUGGAAAAGAUGCCUGGUUUUGUUGCUGGAAAGAAGAGAUCUACAGGCCGAAACAUGUGUUUCACCAAUUUGGCCAAUCAAGACAAGUUAACUUGUUUGCAAACCAAUCAUUUCUUUGCCUCUGAGGUACCGGAAAACGAUGAUAGCCCCAUUCUACCUGGUCUGCCUGAUGAUGUGGCAAAACAUUGCCUUGCACUUGUGCCUCGUUCUAACGUCCCAACUAUUGGUGGUGUCUGUAAGAGAUGGAGAUCAUUUAUUCAAAGCAAAGAGUUCAUUACUGUGCGAAAAUUGGCAGGGAUGGUUGAGGAAUGGCUCUAUUUCUUAACAAUGGAUACUGAAGGAGAGGGAACUCAUUGGGAGGUUAUGGAUCGUCCCAGUCAUAAAUGCCAAGCUCUUCCACCGAUGCCUGGUCCGGUAAAGGCUGGAUUCGGAGUGGUUGUUCUUAAUGGAAAGCUUCUUGUUAUUGCUGGAUAUUCAACUACAGAUAGAAGUACCUUUGCCUCAGCAGAGGUUUACCAAUAUGACUCGCUCCUCAACAAUUGGAGCAGACUAUCAAAAAUGAAUGUGGCUCGUUAUGACUUUGCAUGUGCCGAAGUCAAUGGCUUGGUUUAUGCUGUAGGAGGCUGUGGAUUGGAUGGUGAAAUUCUCUCUAGUGCUGAGGUGUACGACCCUGACACCGACAAAUGGACACUGAUAGAGAGUGUCCGGCGCCCAAGAUGGGGUUGCUUUGCCUGUUCAUUGGAUGGUAAGCUCUAUGUCAUGGGUGGAAGGUCGAGCUUUACAAUUGGAAACUCCAAGUUUGUUGAUGUUUAUGACCCUGAAGUCCACAGCUGGGGUGAGUUCAAGAACGGCUGUGUUAUGGUCACAGCGCACGCAGUAUUAGGAAAGAAAUUGUUCUGUAUGGAGUGGAAGAACCAGAGGAAGCUAGCAAUAUUCUGUUCUGAAGACAAUUCGUGGAAAAUGGUACCACUUCCACUCACUGGUAGCUCCAGUGUUGAUUUUAGAUUUGGGAUAUUUGAUGAAAAGCUGUUGCUAUUCUCACUGGAAGCAGGACCCUCUUAUCAAACUUUGUUGUAUGAUCCAAAUGCAGCUAAAGGGUCAGAGUGGCAAAUUUCUGAUAUAAAACCAUCUGGUGUGUUCUUGUGCAGUGUAACAAUCAAGGCAUGAAUAUGAAAUACUAAUGAGGAUCUGAACUUUGAAGAGUGGAGUGGAGUGGAAAGACUUCAUUGGCUUUUAAGUUUUAUACAUUUUAAUAAAGUUUAGGAAAGUAGUUUGUGUGUGUCAUUUUAUAUUUUCCAUUUCUUCCACGUGUUUUGAUUAUGUACUUCUGCAUGUGUCUUUUAUUUAUUUGGAUUACGGUAUCAUUUAAGUCUUAUAUGUGGCAUAAUAUGGUGUAUUAAGUCCCAGUAUGGGAACUCUUGAGUUACUUUGGUACAAUUGAUUUAUUGAAUUUGAGGCUUGAGCAGCACUUUUUCAAA